AUGGCCAGAGCGGCGGCGACGACGACGACGAUUGCGCGCAAGUCGCGCUGUUACAGCAGCAGUUACAAGCCGCCCCUGUGGCCAGUUCCGUUUUCGGCGGCGUGUCUGUCUGUCUUGCCCUCACCAGGGCCAAACACGGCCCAAGAGCUGCUGAUGGCUGCAUGGGACGUCGCGCGUCGCAGAGUGCGUGGACAAGAGCGGGACGAAACGGCAGCGAUCUUUGACGGUUUGCAGCCCGCCCGCCAUCUUCAAGGGGUCAAGUCCCGCGUGACAGGGCUCAUUUAUCGCCAGUGGCGGUGGUCAGAGGCGGUACAGCCCGCAACAGCGACCCGAGGCUCGUCGGCGCCGCGUCUGCAGACUAAGACGCGGGCACGCGACAGGCGAUGGCGAGAGAAAAGUAUCCACUAG